GGUAUAAAGUAACAAAAAUAGAUGUGAAGAAGCUUAAGCUAAGCUAGUGACAUCGAUUCUUUAAUGAAAGCAUGGCAGCAGCACUACCACCUUCUCUUCUUCUUACUCUCACCUUUCUCUCCAUCAACAUAUUCCCAUCUGCACCAGCCGCAGCAUGCCGCGACACGUGCGGCUCCACUCAGGUGAAGUUCCCCUUCGGCACCGGUCCAGGCUGCGGCUCCCCUCUCUUCAGCCCCUACAUAACCUGCGCCUCCAACGGCACCGCCGACCAACUCUUUCUCAAAACGCACUCCGCCGCCACCUACCCUAUCACCUCCAUCUCCUACGACACCUCCACCCUCACUCUCGCCCCGUCCUCCAUGUCCAGCUGCUCCGCCAUGCACCCCGCCACCACAAGCUUCUCCCUCGAUUGGACCUCCCCCUUCCAGCUGACCUCCACCACCUUCCUCCUCCUCUCCUGCCACCCCUCCCUCUCCCUCUCCUCCCCCCUCUGCGACCCAUCCUUUGACUACCUCUGCGCCUCCAUCUACACUUGCCCCGCCGUCACCUCCCUCGGCCUCCCUCUCUUCCCUCCCACCAACUCCUGCUGCGUCUAUUCCCCCGCCAACCUUGACGGCAACGGGAAGCUGGACCUGAAAGCCAUGCAGUGUGGAGCCUACGCUUCUGUAGUGUCGCUGGGCGACACCCCCACUGACCCCUCGCGCUGGGUGUAUGGGGUGGCGUUGAAGUUUUCCUAUGGCGGGGCCUUGGAUAAUAACUUGGUGACUACGAAGUGUAGUGGCUGCGAGAAUAGCGGCGGAGUGUGCGGGUUUUCGGAGCCUGGAAAUGGCUUCCUCUGUGUCUGUAAAGGAGGCUAUAACACCAGCUUCGAUUGCUCCCCCGCUUACAACCAGAACCAGGACUACCUCUUUGACUCUGCUUCUGCUUAUCCCUUCUUCUUCUUAUCUUGGUUUGUUUGGAGUUCCAUUUUGGCUGGUAUGAUUUUGAGCUUAGUGUGAUGAGCAUUCAGGGGAGCCGUUCAUUUCAGAAUAUCGUCAAAACUUUUUAAUUAGUAAAAGCUGCUUUAGAAAAGAAUAAAGGUAUUCCGCAUCCAUUCCUCCUACACUGUAGUCUUUCUGGUUCUUUUGUUUUUGUUAAAAUAGUUUAUGAUCAAAGAAAGGAGCACUCGCUAAUUCAUUCCUAGUUUCUGUGGAUAAUUUCGCAACUACAAUUCGGCUACUUUAGUAAUGUGUAGGUAACAUUUAUAUAUUUUAAGAUGUAUUUUAAGUGUA